UACUUUAAUGGCAUGAGUCGUUAUUUUACAUGUAUUUGUAUCGUCAUUUGAGUCCGAAUUCUGAGAAACUCCAUUACCCAUCAGCCAUCUAUUAUUGUCUGAACUCGGGCUAGUUGCUGUAUAUAUAUUAUUCCGUUGCACUGAGUUGCUUGGUCCCUUGCUGCUGCUCUGGUUGUGGUGCAUUAGAGAAAUUGCUCAUACUUGACCGCACACGAGCAACAACUGUGCCCGGGCUGUGAGUUGUCUGGGAUGGGUAACUGGAGUCCAUAACUACGCUCAGCAACUUCACCAUGAUGUCGAUGACUUUUGGCUGGUCGAGCAGCGUGACUCUGCUGUUUGACUUCUGGGAUGUGCACGGGCCUGCAGGGAUGGUGCUGUCGGUGUUUGUGGUCCUGCUGCUAACGGUGUUCUACGAGGUGCUCAAAGUGUGGAGGCUGUGGUUGAGCAGGAGCUCUAAGCUGGCCCAGCCUCAGUCUGUGUACGCCCCCCCGCCCCCAUGCUACCGCAGCGACAGCACCGCGGCGCUGGAGAGCAGCCCCUCCGAGUCCUCGCUGACCCCCAUCGAGCCCCACCCUCCCGCUGCUAACACCACACACAGAUGGCUGCUGCAUGCGAUCCAGACGGCCCUCCACAUGCUGCAGGUGUCUCUGGGGUACAUGCUGAUGCUGUGCGUCAUGUCCUACAACACCUGGAUCUUCCUCGGGGUCGUGGUGGGCUCCGUCCUCGGGUAUUUCAUCUCCUUCCCUCUCGUGGUUCACAAAUGAUGAUAUGGACAGACUUCAGACACAGGGUGGAUUUUAUCUGUAUUUCUUCCCUGAGUUAAGAGGAUCAUAUGCUCUGGAUAUUUGAGGGGAAACCACCUAAUUUGAAUUGUGUUGUUCCGCUUCUUAGUUGUUUUUUGUGAAAAUGUGAACACUAGAUGGGGACAAGGGGAGUUCCUGGUACGCUGAAUGAUAAGAUGAGCAACCCAACACAAACUACUGCUGCAUGAAACACAUCUGGAUAUUGAAACUAAAAUAUUAUGCACAAACUAAUUGUCCCUCUUUAAUCUGUGGCCUCAGGGUUCUUUAGAGGUCACUUUGACCGGACAUACUUAGUAAUAUCAUUUGUCUUUGACCAGAGGAACAAUAUGUAUAUGUGUAUCGUUUUUCAGGUGCUUUAUUUUAUGUUAAAGGGAUACAACAUGUGUUUCUAAGGCGUAAUCUUGCUCAUUUUAUGAACAUCAAACAUCUAGGAGGAGAUUGGAGUUUAAUUGGACUUAAUUCUCCACAGCAGAGGAACGACAACAAUUGAAAGAAGGGAAGUCAGGCUCGUGGCUUAUUACGGUUGUUUCUGGUCAACAGUGUCAGACUUUUCUAGAUACUACAGUCUUCUGUAUUUUCCAGAAAAUUCUAACUAUCACAACAUGAGAUGUUUGAACUGUUGUUAAAGGAGAGGUCUGACUAUGCUGAAAAGACACAGCCACUGAAGCUUCAAGGUGAAAUCAUCAUGACUUUUGUGUUUUAAACUGCUGAAAAAGCAACGUUUGUGUGUGAACUAACAUGGAAGUAUUGAAUACUGAUUUCUCUUUUGUUGUGGUGUGUUUGAGUGAAACCUAAACGCAGACUCGCACUCGGAGCUGAGAUUGAGGUCAGAGGGCUUUUGACAGGGCUAAGAAUCAGGAACUGAAUCUUGUGAUCGCGGUUUGUAAAUUUCUCUAAUGUGUCAUCUUGGUCCUUCUCUCACGUGAAAGACGAUCAUGUGGUUCGGUGGCAAUCAUUGUCAACCCUUGAGCUGCAAAGAAAAGAACCCUGAAACCGACUGUUUGAGUUUUUAAACUAGUUUUAGACUAAUUCCAGUUAGUGGUUUGUUGAAAAUAAUAAUGCAUUUCUCCGCAAUGCGUUUCUGUCGCAAGAACUUGGCCGACAAAAAUAAAGAAUAAAGUUGAUGAAAUAGUUUUAUUCAUCCAUAUUUGUAUAUGUAUAUACAGUUUAUUGCAAGAAGGGAAAGGCACUAGACAAACAGCUGCUCACACCACAGACGGAUACUUGUAAUAAAUAAACAGGAGAAGGUGAUGGACAGUUUGUUGCAUUGGAAGGAACAACUCUAAAUGUGCCUUUGAUACAGUGAGUGAUUUGAUUACAGGUCACUGAAUCAUAAAAAUGAGAGUUAAAAGUUUUCCCUAAUUUCAUUUGAAAAUAAAUUGAUAUGUAAUUGCAAUUUUUUUAAAAGAUGUUCCUGCAAAGAAAUGUCAUUUGGUACUAAUUCUAAUAAAAAAUUAAGACAUUAAAUGAUAUGUUUGUACUUUAUUUACAAAAAUGUCCUUUCUUGUCCCCCUCUUGCUUUUACUGAAAUGUAUUUUGAAGAGUGUUACUGAUGGGAACAUUUGACUUAAAAGGGCCAUCAGUUGACGCAUGGCAGGUCAGCAGAGCAUGGACAACGUGAAGUUUAUGGCCUUGUAUUCAAUAUAUUUGUAGAAUCUAAUAUCCCUACGCUUUGUACAAUAUAAAAUUAUUCUUUUUCAGGAACUUUUCUAUGACAUUUUGCAGGAAUUAAAAGUUUCAUAUGUAAAGGUUUACAUAAUUUUUGUAUUCCGAUAAGGAAUUGAGACCUCAUCCAUUUCCCCCAGGUUAAACAUUAUCAUUUUAUAUUAGAAAAUAUUGGCUUUGAAGAAAAAUUGCCACUGGAUUGUCAUUAUAAAU